GACGAGUUGUCUCGUCCAGUGUCACUAAAUAUGUGUACCCAUGUAUUUAAAUUUAAAUGUGGUCACAGCCGCUCGCUCUUGAUAGCUAGCUAGUGCUGUUCAUUCUUUUGAGCCCGUUUUCGUUCUCAGGCUCUUGUGGAGGAAUUGGGGACAGUUUGACGGUGCUCAGCCCUCACUCGGGAUCCGCGAACGCCUUUCCUCCGGCAGUUUGUGGCACUCUUACUGGCCAACACAUGUAUUUUGAAAGCGGCCGAAGCGGAAAUGUGGCUGGGCAGAUCGAUAUUUUCCAAGGAACAGGAACAGGAGAAAGGCGUUAUAACAUCAAAGUGACCUACAUUCAUUGCUCUAGCACAUAUCGCGCGCCCAGUGGAUGCACCCAAUACUUUACGGGAUUAGCGGGUACAAUCACCUCCUAUAACUUUGCCGGGGGUCAGAUCUUGGAAAACCAACAUUACGGCAAUUGCAUUCGCCAAAACGAGGGUUACUGUUCGGUGGUUUACUCGGAGACGCCCAUCACAACGCCGGACCCGUUCAGUUUGAGUCCUGUUCCGGCAGGAGACCCGGCCACCGUUACGGACAAUUGCAUGCCUCUAAGUCAUGUGACGGUUCCCAGUCAAAUCAUCCAACACCUAGACUCUCCGCAGGCCUCACAAAGUCUUGUUACCUACGUGCCCUCCAUGAGGUGCAACAAGGUGUUUGGCAGCCUUCCUGGAACCGCCGUCCCCGGAAGUCUCGAGUCUGAGCGAGGUUUUCCGUUCGUGUUGGGAUUUCAUUCGCGAUCGAGUGAAGCCGGAGCUUUGGCCGAUUUGGGAGGAUUCAGUUUGGAUUUCCGACAAAAGCCGUGUUAAUCAACGAGCAUUUGUUUUAUUAGACAAUUUGGUUGCCACCCAAGACACCAGAACAUGUAUUAGGAUUUGACACAUGACUUCAUCAACUUCGAUAUGUUUCUUGCAAUGACAGUAACGAAUAAAAAACUUGUUAAUUCAAACACAA